AUGGAUGACCAGGACAGAGUAAGCCAAGCGUCCAGCGUUGCCACGGUUUCCUUCUUCCCUAUUGCGAAGGACAGCUCGGGUUUGAAGCUAUGGAAGAGAAGGUGGUUCGUCCUCUCCAACUACUGUCUGUUUUACUAUAAAGACAGUAGAGAAGAAUCUGUGCUCGGCAGCAUCCCGCUCCCCAGCUACAAAAUCCUGUUCUGUACACCACGAGAAUGCAAGAACAGAAAGUUCACCUUCAAGGUGGUGCACCAGGGAAUGCGCUCUUAUUUCUUCAGUGCCGACACGCAGGAGGACAUGUUGGGUUGGGUCCGAGCCCUCAGUCAGUCUGCAACAAUGGAUCAGGACAGCUCUCUGAACAGGCGCUGCUCAAGUUAUCAGGACUUCACACAGAUAGGUGGCAGCACUGAAUCAGUGGACUUCCCUAAACCCCCCUCUGAUGGAGAGGGUCCCUCCCAGAGACACAGGCACGUCAGCCGCGCUCUGAGCGAACCCAGUCAUCUCAGCGGUGGGAGGAUGGGGACUUCUCGCUCAGAGCCGAGGGGAAGGCGGAGCGUGCGUCAGAGAAACAGCAGAACACCCAGCCCGCCUGAGUUUGGCAGAAGAAGAGCGUAUGGUCCAAACCAAGAGGAGGAUUCUCUUCCUGGCCACAACACACCACCCACUCAGACAGAAAUUAUGGGAACAGGUUCUCUGACCUCCAAGGGUCAGCUGGGGUCACGACCUCACACACCAGUGGGGAGGGUUGACAUUCGACCUCACGAUGACAUGGUGCCGCAGACUCUGUUCUACGCGCCUGCCUCGCCUAACCUGGAGUUCAAAUCCACACCUACCACUCCAGUCACAGAGAGGUGGCAGAACCUGAGCAAGCCCACACCUACAUAUGGUUCUGUCCAUCACAUCGCGAGCGGGAGAAGACCUUUAGGAAAGGCCCCAAAACCUGAUCUGAGAGAAACCCCACCAAUCAGGCCUCUUGAAAGCGAUGCAGAUGCUGUGUUGACGAGGUUGUGUGGGUGUGACAAGCUGCUGCAGUCUCUAUCUAUCGAACUGGCCCAGCUCCAAUUGGAUAAGGAUAGUGUCCAUUGUGCAUUAGAGGUGUCCAGACUGCAGCUGGAGGAGUGGAAGAGUCAGGGUCUCAGGGCCCACGAAGAAGCACUUGCCCAGAAGGCUUUGCUCCAGGAAGAGCUGGUCACAAUCCGAGCCAGGAUGUGCGAUGUUUCGUUGGAAAUGGAGCGAGUGUGGAGCCAAUAUGAGAGAAUGGAGAGUGAACUGUCUGUCAUCCGCUCACACCUUCAGCACAUCUGCAACUUUGGAAUUCCACAGGAGCAGUCUCAGGCCCAGAGGGAGCUGUGGAUGAUGGAGGACAUCUUGGCUGGACUAAAAAUCAACAGAGACAACUUCCGCUUCCUUUUGGGACUACAAAGGCACCACGCGUUUCAGCCAACGUCUCCACAUCCUGGAUCUCCCGGCUCACCCACGGAGACGCUGCACAGCGGACUGCCUAUGGCUAUGGAGCAAGAACCACCACUUCGCCCACCGUUACCCCAGGAGCUACAGAAAUCCAACAAAGAAGAGAUCUGGGUCAUGGCUGGAUAGAGUCGCCAUACGAGGGAAUCUACAGCCACGCUGUUGAUCCUAUACAGAGAAGAGGAAACAGCCAGCCUGACCUCCUUAAUGUGAAAGCACAGAAAGACUCAUUCGGUUGGCACAGAUGCUCAUAAUAAUAGACUCCAGAGAGGGAGUGAUAUUAAUACAAUAGCCUGUAGAUUCAUAU